UUUCGUCUUUUACUGAAACUUGAAUUAACAUUGAGUUUUAUGUGAAGCGUUUUGAAAAAUUUAUUUGUAAAAUAUUUAAUUUCUCUCAAUGUCUGCGGGGGGGCCCAUUCAGUACUCUCAGCCUCCUAGUUGCAGAGUGGUGCUAAUGUUGAACUAUGAGGAGCGAUGUGCUUAUGUACGUGAAACAGCCGAUUGCAACGAAAUGAAUUCAGUGGGCAACUAUGUUGAAAUUCUCUAUUGCAGCAUGAAUCCAAGCAAUGAUUCAGAACAAAUUUUAUGUUCACUUGUUCUAAUGAUGAUAUGUCUCCUCAUCUAUCUUGUUUUGGGCUGUACGGUUGAAAAUACUUUUUGUCCUGCCUUGAAAGUCGUAUCCAAAAUUUUGGGCAUGAAUGAGCAUUUAGCGGGUGUAACGCUGCUAGCUUUUGGAAACGGGUCACCCGAUCUUGUUGGCACUUUCACAGACCUGGACGAUCCUGGCAUGUUCCCGGAUCUGUUUGGAGCAGGAGUAUUUGUUGUUCUUCUCGUUGGCGGCCUCAUAUGCAUAUUUUAUCCAUUCGAGAUGGAAUGGAACAAUAUUUUGAGAGAUGCUUGUUUUUUUAGUCUCGGAAUAAUUUAUGUCGACUACUGCACCAUAUCGGAUGCAGUCAUCACGCAUAGGGAAUCCAUACUUAUAUUGUCGGUGUAUAUAUCAUAUCUCUUCGUUAUAUUUAUGGAACAAUUUUUGCUGAAACAAAGCAUUGCAUUGCUGCAAUCGAAGAUGAGGGAUACAAAAUAUAGAACAGUUGCAAAUCUUGCGAAAUUGGAUCUACUACGUGCAGAGGCUGGAAUUGAAAUACGCGAUCGCACCUCCCUAGCGGCCAUAAAUGUACAUAAAACUCGAUUAAUGUCUUUUAACGCCUCGUUAAAUGAUCCCAAUAAGGAUUUACGGAAGCAAUUUUUCGAGUCUUUACAGCCCAUAAAGGAAGAAGAGUGGUUGGAUAGUAAUAGUGUAGAGAAGAUUUAUCUCAUUAUCACGGCGCCAGUGGUAUUAGUCCUGCGCCUGUUUAUACCGGUGGUGGACUAUGAACAAGAACGGCAUGGAUGGUCGAAACUAUUAAACUCGCUUCAAUUGCCUUGGGUACCGUUGAUUAUUGUGUAUACGCUUGCUAAGAAUGUAUAUUUAUUAGGCAUUCCACUAUGUAGUUAUACAUUACUGCUUACCGUUCCCACCGCUUGUUAUAUGCUAUAUUCAACACGCACCGAUCUUCCACCCGCUUACCAUGAAGCUAUGGCUUUGUAUGGUGCCGGCGGUUCCGCUUUAAUCAUUUACUUCUGUGCUACUGAAUCAGACGAAAUAUUGGAGACCAUUGGCAUGGUUACUAACAGAAGCAAUUCAUUUCUUGACUGCACUUUGCAAGCGUGGGGGAAUAGUAUUAGUGACUUGAUAUCAAUCCUUACAUUGGCCCGCCACGGAUAUCCAAGAAUGGGAUAUGCUGCCUGUUUCGGCGGUCCGUUUUUCAAUUCAAUUACAUCUUUGGGUGGGGUUUUUAUGUACCGAACAUUUGAUACCGGAAAACCUGUACAGGUUAUGCAAGGCAGCUUGGGCGAAAAUUGCGUUAUUUUCCUGUUUAUAGCCACUACAUCUGUUUUAGUCUGGGCGACAUUGACAAAUUUUUGGGCUCGCCGUAGUAUAGGUGUUUUCAAUUUAAUUUUGUAUGCAAUGUUUUUAACUUUUAUCUUCUUGGGCGAAUUGGAAAUCAUUGAAACGUUCGCGCCCGAAAAAGAAGAAGAAUCAACGGAAAACUGAAAGCAAAAAAGAAAAUCACUUUAAAAUGCGCCAGCUUUAGUUGAUGUAUGUUUAUCCCUAUAUGCAAUUCGACUCAAUUUAAUGAAAGAAAAUCAUAAUUGCUUUAAAAUCGUUAUUGUU